AUGAUGAGGAAGUUUGCAAAGCCAGAAAGUAAUAUGAUUCCAAUAGAAGUCAUUCUCACAAGUUUCAAUAGAGUAACAAUUUCGACUAAAGGAGUUAUGCCACUGGACAUAACUGUAGAGAAAACUACUAGGACCAUUGUUUUCUUUGUAAUAGAUGUCUCUACUAGUUACAACGUGCUACUAGGAAGGGAUUGGAUCCAUAGGAGUUGUUGCAUACCUUCAUCUCUCCACCAGUGCCUAGUAUUUUGGAAUGACAAGGACAAAGCAGAAGUGGUACAAGCAGAUCAUAGACCCUUUGUUGCAGAAGCAAACUCGGUGGAAAGAUUCAUGUACGAAGGAAAUUAUAGACCUAUCAAGAUAGUCAAAGAUGGAGAAAAAACUCAAAUUGUUGCACAGAGUGAAGAGUCAUUUUCAGUGGAUGCACUUACUGAAAUGUUCAGUCAAAUGAGGCCAAACAUAGUGGCCUUGGAAGAGCAAGUGAAUGACAAAAAGUUAAUCAAAGAACUUUAA